AGUCAUCGCAACGGUACUUCGACCAAUCGAAUCGUGUCACGCGUGACGCACUCAGCUUCCAUAUACGCGAAGCGAAGCCUCCACUUCUCCGCUUGGCGCUUCAUGCCCGGUCGCCAUCAUCAGCAGACAGAGUGUCAUUAUCGUUAAAUAUUGCUUUAGAUGUUCUCAAGAAAUACAACUUUUUCAUGUGUGCUGUAAGAUAGAUUAAUAAGCAUAGGGUAAAUAAAGUUUUGAGGAUACUAUAAAAGGAACUUUUUAGAAGAAAAUGGACGAGACAGAAAUAGAAAUUACCGAACCUAAUUAUGAGGACUAUGAAGCCUCAGAUGUCGAAGAUGAAUUCAAAUCACAUGACCUAUCACCAUUUCACUCACCGUCACUGUCGGAUAGAAGAAAGAUGGGUGUACUAAGUGUACUAAGAUCAAUAAAAGAAAAUCAGGAGAAACAAAAUGACAUGAUGUCUCAGGUUAUAACGCUCCUUGAGGGCCAACAAAAAAUAACCAACAAGCUAUUGGAAAUUGAAAAAGCUAAAAUAAGAUCGCAAAUUUCUAAAAAAAGUGUUAAUAAAGAACUGGAUGCUGAUGUUGAAACAUCUGAACCACAAACAGUACAGUCAACCAUAAUAAGUCAAUUAAACGAAACGUUUAGAAAUCUUAAGCAAUCGCUGGAAUCAAAUAGUACAUCAAAAUUAAACAUUCAAAGAGAUUAUAAGCUUACAGAAAAAGCAUUGAACCUGCUAGAUUGCAUUAAUCCUGAUUUGAAAUCAAAUGAUUUAUUAGACGAAGAAGAUGAUAACAUUCCCAAAGAAGAAAAUUUGAUCUCUAAAGAGUCAGAGACCAAAGAAUUCAAGAAUAGAAAUGCAGAUGACUUCCACAAAGGCCCAAAGGGGAGUUUCCCACCAAAACGAACGCAAUGGCAUGUAGGUCCAACUCAAAGGUGUUUUAGGUGCAAUAAAAUAGGGCAUAAUGCACCUGAAUGCCCAUUAGCUGAAUAUGGACUCUGGUUUUGCUAUUUUUGCCAGGCAGAGAAGAAACACAAAGGUUCAGAUUGCCCAAGAAGUAACGCAGGAACAUCAAAAACCCCAUAUUUUGGUAAUAAAAAGUAUAUUCCAAAUAAUCCACAAAACAAAUACAUAAAGAAUAGAGAAUAUGACAAUGGAGGUAGAGAAAGAGCAAAUUUGAGUAAACCAUUCAAAAGAACUGUGAAACCUGAAAUACCAGGAAGAAACCACAAUCAAUAUUAUAAACCCAAAGACGCAAAACCCUAUAUGGCAGAUUCUGAAGAAACAAGUUGGAAGCGUAAAGAUUAUAAUAAUUAUUAAAUUUAUAUUAAUUUAUUCCAAAAUCACAAAAAAUAAAAUAAAACUAUAGAAAUUCGAAAUAGAAUCAUGCAUAUAAUGGAAGGAACUGUCAAGAAGCACAGCACUUCAGCUUUCUUCCAGUACUUGGCAUUCCAUGUGCAUAUAUAUCAAUAUCUUAAAAUGGUGUCAUUCAGUAAAUACGUGACUCCUGCAUCUCUGCAUGUCUGACACUUGCUACUGACCUGCGGACAGUGUCCGCUUUUUCCUUUUUAUGGCAGAUGACUCACGGAAAUUAACAGUAUAUCGUGAUGAUAUGCAUACUUUACGUUUGACACAGUUCAUAAACUCAUCUAAAACUGUAUUUCUAUAGUAUGAUUAAUAAAUGUAUUUCCAUAGAUUGAAAUAAAAAAACUAGCUGCAGUUAUAGUCAAUCGUAUAUUUUUAAAUAAAAAUGGUUUAGUUUUGUACAUACACAAUUAAAUGAUUUAUCAGCGAAAUUCUGACAAUACUGAGUUUGUCAUGAACGAGAGAAGUCAAUAAGAAAUGAAUAUCAAAAUGAUAUGAGUGAAAAUAAAUUUACUUAUUGUACAUAGUAAUACACAGUAAAUAUACAAAUUGAGCGAACAAAAAA